GUUUCAAGCCUGGUGGUCCGUUUCAUUGGCGCUUUACGCCACGCGCCAACCAAAGCGUGGGCUCAUAUGGGAGUGAAAGUUGUAGCUGCGGAACCGUGAAGGUGUUGGUCUUGCGGCAUUUAUAACCGUUCAUCGUGAUGAAAAUUGGUAAUUUCUGAAAUUGGACGGUGGAAGAUUGAAGGUAUGCUAUCCCGUGGAAGCACUCCAAUUAUUUUUCUGCAUUUAAAAAAAAAUCUAAAACCACCAAAACCGGAUGUGUUGGAAUUUACAAGCCUCGUUACCGUCUUCUCCCCCCCCUCCUUCCCCGUUAUAUUAUUAUUCAUCACUUCCAUUUUUAUGUACAUUAAGAGAAAGGAAAACUCUCCCUCUCUCUCUCUCUCUCUAUCUCCCUCCCUCCUCCAUUAUCUUUCUCGUUUCUACAUUAAUUUACUCAAUAUAUUUCAUGCGUUUCUCUGAAACCCAAAAAUUCUUGUAGCGGUCGCUGUUAUUUAGUAUAUCUUACAUCUUCUUCUCCUCUGCUCAAUCGCUCUUGAGUUGAGAGGAGGGGAGAGGAAAAAGGGGGAGAUGGCAUCUGGGUUUUCCGGUGGAGGGCCGGAGUUUUAUGCGGGAAUCAACGGUAGAUCUAUGGUCGGAAACGCCAUGAACACUGGGAACCCAUCAGAAGCACCUUACCGAUCCCAGCUUCCUGGGAUUUUCUUCGACCAAACCGCCCAGAUCGCGAACAGAACAGGAACGGCCUUGCCGAGUUUUAUCGGGAAGCGAACGCUAGCGGAUUUCCAAGCGCAACAGUCGCAGCACCACCAGAGUUCAGCUCUCAACGCUCUGCUUCUCCGGUCCGUAAAGGCAAGGACUUACCCACUUGCGUCGACGUUAUCUCCGCUGUCAUCCUCUAUGGAUUAUUCCAUGAAUAUGUCAACUGAUAUUGCUUCAAUUGCUGCGACUUCUGGUUUGUCUCAACGCUACGGUAUGCCGCUUCUUCAACAACUUAGGCCUCAGCAGCAGCCGCAGCCGCGUAACCAGAGUUUUCCGGCUGUUCCGUAUCUUAACACGGUUCAGUCGGAGUCCCAGCCUGCUCAAGAUACGGAGAAGAAAAUGAUGAAUCCGCUUCGGGAGCUCGAGAAGCAGUUGCUCGAAGACAACGAUGAUGAGGAAGGAGAUGCUUUGUCUGUGAUUACAAAUACUAACAGCGAGUGGUCCGAGACGAUACAGAACCUGAUCAGCGGUCAGAGUCCAGCACCGAGCCCGAAUCCGAAUCCGAAUCCGAAUCCGAAUCCAAUCCCCAAUUCGCCGUCUCCCACCACCUCCCCUUCUUCCUCUUCAUCAUCGUCGGUGGCCUCUCCGGUGUCCGUCUGCUCGAGGCAGACUAUAAUGGAGACGGCAUCGGCAAUUUCCGAAGGAAAAACCGAUGUUGCGUCGGAGAUCUUGGCGCGAUUUCCGCUAGCUCCGAACCCGACAGCAAAUUCAGAGCAGAAGCUUAUGGAGUUCAUACUAUCGGCACUGAAAUCGCGGGUUAACCCUGUCGAGAACCCGCCUCCGGUGGCCGAGUUGUACGGUAAAGACCACGUGAAUUCGACCCCGUUGCUCUAUGAGCUGUCUCCUUGUUUCAAGCUUGGUUUCAUGGCUGCUAAUCUCGCUAUCCUUGAAGCUACUCUUGAGCAGCCCAGCAACAAUGGGUUUCAUGUGAUUGAUUUCGAUAUUGGGCAAGGAGAGCAGUACAUUCAUCUCUUCCACGCGCUCUCUGCGCGUCAGAAUGGGAAGCCCGCCGUCGUAAAAAUCACAGCAGUUGUCGAUAACGUUGGUGGAGUUGGUGACGAGAGAUUUCGAGUUGUUGGCGAGGUGCUGACUCAGAAAGCAGAGAGAUUCGGUGUUUGCUUGAAGUUCAACGUGGUAACGAGUUCGAAACUCAGUAAUCUGAGUCGUGAAUCGCUCGGUUGCGAGCCGGAUGAGCCGCUCGCCGUCAACUUCGCUUUUAAAUUAUACCGAGUCCCCGACGAGAGCGUGUCGACGGAGAAUCCAAGAGACGAGCUUCUCCGGCGCGUGAAGGGGCUUGCCCCGCGUGUGGUGACUUUGGUGGAGCAGGAAAUGAACGCCAACACGGCACCGUUUUUGUCCCGGGUCGGAGAAACCUGCGCCUACUACGGCGCGUUACUCGACUCAAUUGAGUCGACCGUACCUAGAGAUAACCCCGACCGCGUCAAGGUCGAGGAAGCACUUGGUCGCAAGCUGGCCAACUCGGUAGCUUGCGAGGGGAGGGAUCGCGUUGAAAGAUGCGAAGUCUUCGGGAAAUGGCGGGCCCGCAUGGGCAUGGCUGGAUUUGUAUUAAAGCCGAUGAGUCAAGCCAUCGCCGAGUCGAUGCGCGCUCGUCUCACUUCCGGCAACCGAGUCCAUCGCGGUUUCACUGUGAAAGAAGAAAACGGAGGCGUCUUCUUUGGUUGGAUGGGCCGGUCCCUCACCGUCGCAUCCGCCUGGCGUUUAACUUGAUUCUCUCUCUAAUCUUUAUUAAUUAGCAGUUAAUUUUUAUUAUAUUUCCUUUUUUUCAAUUUUAGAAAAAAUGAAAAAAAAAAAUAGAGAGAGAAAAAUUCCCAUAACGAAUUAAUAAUAAUAAUA